AAAGGAAACGGCCGGAAACUCGCUUUCUUUUAAUAAUAAGACAAGCGUUGAGCUUCCUUUGGAGCUUCCAUUGGAUCUGGAGGUGGAUACUGGUGACGAAUCGAACGUGGACGAGGCGUUGUUGCCUACAGCAGGAUGAGCGCCAACACACAGGCAUUUUGCGUGCGAUGGAACAGCCAUUUGGGCAGCAUUGGUGCAGCCUUUCCACAGCUGUUGGCCGGUCAGGGAUUUGUGGAUGUGACAGUAGCCUGUGAGGGGCAUGAGGUGCAUUGCCAUCGCCUGGUGUUGGCGUGCGAUGAAACAGCCAUUUGGCAGCAUUGGUGCAGCCUUCCCACAGCUGUUGGCCGGUCAGAGAUUUGUGGAUGUGACAGUGGCCUGUGAGGGGCAUCAGGGGCAUUGCCAUCGCAUGGUGCUGGCUGCCUGCGC